AUGAUAUACUCAUACCUAUACUUCGACACGAGCAUCAACCCAUUCUCCAGCUUCAUGCUCCGGCGCGCCCACGCCAUCCACUCCAUCCAUCAUCCCACCCACCUCCCUAGCGCACACCAACACCCAAUGACAACAACCCCUCGACCAAAGACCCAAUGCCCCAACCACUUCCUAGGAGGCAACAUUCACCCAUCCCUCCAAACCUUCACCUCAUCCGCCGCAACCCCAAUAGCCCAUAGCCGCAUCCUCCCCGCCAUAAAACACGACCACCUAGAACUGGAAGCCCACAGCCAAAAGAUCCUGCACUCCACCAACAAAGACGAAAAGACUCGCUACAGAAACCAAUUCACCUGGGAACUAGCCCGCCACCUCAUCGGCGAAGAACUAGUCGUCUACUCAGCCCUGGUCUCCGCCCUCGCCGACGGACAACAGAUCGCAGACCGCAACCGUAUCGAGCACCAGGGCAUCAAGCAGCAGCUGAAGACGUUCCAGGAUCUGUCGUCGACGGAUCCGCAGUUCUUGCCGACUUUGAGGGGGCUGAUGCGGGAUUUGGGGGAUCAUGUUAGACAUGAGGAGGAUGUGGAGUUGCCGAGGUUGGAGGAGGUGUUGAGUAAAGAGGAGAGUGUUGAGUUGACGAGACAUUUGGAUCGAAUGAAGAUUUUUGUGCCUUCGAGGUCGCAUCCGUUGGCGCCGACGGAGCCUUUCUUUGAGACGGCUGUCGGGUUGUUGACGGCGCCCAUUGAUCAUGUUGCGGAUUUGUUUCGGAAGUGGCCUGAUGGGAAGAAGAAGAAGAAGGGGUAG